GCCGAGGCGGCACUGCGGCUGCUUGGAGGGCGGCGCCUCCGCCCUUCGUCCCCCGCCCCCGUCGCCUCUCGGCCGCGCGGCUUCGGCGCGGAGCGAUCGCCGGGCUCCUUGCGGGGCUGUCUCCCCUGUUGCUUGGCGAGGGCGGAGACCGCUCUUCACGUGUCCUGGCCGCGCGUCCACACGACCCGCCCUUCCCCGCUUCCCUGGGGCGUGGGGUCUGGCCGCCGAAGGGGCUCCAGAGACGCGUUCUCCCGCGGGGUCCAGCCGCUGCCCCGCCGCUCGGGAAAGGCAGCAUGUUCGCCGGCGCGCCCGUGUUGCUGAUCGCCCUGUGCCUGGCAGCGCAUCCCGUCCGCGGGGGUGGGAAGAAAUUUUAUCAUGGAGUCUGUGGGGGUCGCGAUUGUACAGCCGGCUGCAAGUGCUUCCCGGAGAAAGGGGCUCGGGGUCAACCAGGGCCAAUUGGGAACCAAGGAUCAAUGGGCAUUGAAGGCUUUACUGGACCAGAGGGAGUGAGAGGACUGAAAGGAGAGAGGGGCGUAAUAGGACCUCCAGGUGCAGCUGGAACGAAGGGAGACAAGGGCCCAGUGGGUGUUCCUGGAUUCCCUGGAAUUUAUGGAGUUCCGGGACACCCCGGUCAGCCUGGACCCAGAGGUCUUCCUGGUUUAGAUGGCUGUAAUGGUACUAUUGGAAGUCCUGGUACCUCUGGAUCGGAUGGAUUCCCUGGUCCCCAAGGACCACCGGGUCAGCCUGGUCCUAAAGGCCCCAAAGGUGAACCUGUCUAUGCCCCAGGGAUUUUUAAAGGAGUGAAGGGAGAAAGAGGUCUUCCUGGGCUGGAUGGUGCUAUUGGACCUAAAGGUUUUCCAGGUCGAGCAGGCCCUGCUGGUCCCAUCGGGCUACCUGGAUUUCCGGGACCCCCAGGAUUCCCAGGAUUCCCAGGAUCUGUGGGCAGCAGUGGUCUAGUUUUCCAUGGAGAACAAGGAGAAAAAGGAGAUGUGGGGCUGCCAGGCCCAGCGGGACCUCCAUCUUCCACAGGGACAGAAGAAUUCGUUGGCUUGUCCAAAGGACAGCGAGGAGCAAAGGGGGUUCCUGGGGUCAAAGGAAUUCCAGGCCCACCAGGAGUUCCUGGACGUAUGGGUUUCUGGAGCUUUGGAGAAAAGGGAGAAAAAGGAGUGCCUGGUUUACCAGGUCCCAGGGGAGACACGGGACCGAGGGGACCUUACGGAAACGUAGGCAGAAAGGGAGUUCCGGGUGAAUCGGGAUUUCCUGGUUGGGAUGGCUCUCCAGGCGGAAAGGGUGAAUUUGGCGAUGUGGGUCCACCAGGCCCUACAGUAAUUGUUGACAUAAAUGGUGUUGUUGUAUCAGGUCCCCCUGGAGACCCUGGUACACCAGGAACCCCUGGACCUAGAGGAGAUGAGGGAAAUAUAGGUUUGCCAGGAUUUCCUGGGCAAUCGGGACGUCCUCCAACCUUUCCAGGUCUUCCAGGUUCAACCGGAGUCCCAGGGAUCCCAGGAUUUAAAGGUGACCGAGGAGACCCAGGAAGGACUACAGUUGGAUCUCCAGGCCUACCUGGGAAAGAUGGAGAUCCAGGGUUACCCGGAGCUCCAGGGUUACCAGGUGCUUCAGAUAUAAUAUACCCAGCAGGUACAAUCUUUAGAGGAGAACCUGGGGAGCCAGGUAUCCCUGGACCAAGGGGACCCCCAGGAAUCUUUGGUUUAAAAGGGUAUAAAGGGGAUGGUGGUGAUUGUGCCUGUGAUGGAGGAAUCACAAGAAUUGGCUUGCCAGGAGAGGCAGGCAGUCCUGGUCAACCUGGCAGACAAGGUGAUAUUGGACCAAAAGGACCCUUGGGGGAUCCAGGAGAUGGUAUACCAGGUCCCCCUGGACCACCAGGCUUCCUAGGUCAAUCUGGUCUUCCAGGCCUUAAAGGACAAAAAGGGGAACCAUCUUCAGUCUCAGGCAGAGGACCUCGAGGAGAUCCAGGGGAUAUUGGACUCAGGGGUCCUUCAGGGCAACCUGGAACUCCUGGUAGGGAUGGCAUUCAAGGUGUCCCAGGUCAACGUGGUCCUGCGGGUGAUGAUGGAUUUGGCUUCCCAGGGGACAAAGGUUUCCCUGGAUUACCUGGCGUAAGGGGGAAGCCUGGUGACAUUGGCCUACCUGGCAUUGGUUUUCCGGGGCCAAAUGGACGUUUUGGACCUACAGGUGAUCCAGGGAUCAGUGGCAUUCCAGGACAACCUGGACCUCCAGGGCCACCAGGAGAAAGUGUACCCUGCAUAAUCCCUGGACUCAUUGGUCCACCUGGACUUCCGGGACCUUCUGGGUUUCCAGGUUCCAAGGGUAGCAAAGGAUUUCCUGGUUUUCCAGGGCAGCCAGGUUUAAAUGGCUUAAAAGGAGAACCGGGCAUACCCGGGUUGGCUCGAUUCCCAGGAAUGCCAGGGUUUCCUGGCCCUCGUGGAGAUCCUGGUUCAAAAGGACGACAAGGAGUUGAUGGGGCAGAUGGGCUGCCGGGUCCGGAAGGCUGUCCCGGUUUGGUUGGCCCAAAUGGAUCCCCUGGUGAUGUGUUUGGGGCUGAACCAGGGCCCCAAGGAGAACCUGGGUUACCUGGCUUACCAGGAGAUAACGGCUUUCCUGGAGAUUUUGGCUUUCCUGGAACACCAGGUUUGGAUGGGAAGCCUGGCCUGUCAGGUAGAAAAGGAGGACGUGGGGAGCCGGGUCUUCCAGGCUUUGAUGGACUUCAAGGACCACCAGGACCAGGAGGUCCCUUUGGCAUCAAAGGAAAACCAGGUCCGGCGGGAACAAUCGGCCUUCCAGGAUCACAAGGACUUCCUGGAACAAAAGGACCAAGAGGAGACGCUGGUUCACCAGGUCCCGCCGGCAUGAAAGGUUUCCCAGGUCUCGAUGGCCUGCCAGGACGGCCCGGAGAACAAGGAUUGCCUGGACCUCCAGGUCUCUGGGGCCCAGAAGGAACUUCAGGUUUUCCAGGCUCAAAAGGUGAAAAGGGCUCAGUGGGCAUGGUCGGUUUUCCUGGGAUGCCGGGGCCACCUGGGGUCCCUGGCUUGGAUGGCCUGAAAGGAACUUCUGGUGCACCAGGAAGAAAUGGAAACCCUGGAUUUUCUGGCUUGCCUGGCCUCAAAGGGGACAGAGGUGUCCGUGGUCCACCAGGACCUCCCAUUUUCAGACCUCCAGGUCUGAGCCUCAGAUUCAAAGGGAACCGAGGAGAUCCUGGAUUGGUGGGACAGAGAGGAUUUCCAGGGCCAAGAGGAGAAAAAGGAGCCCCAGGUAUCCGGGGGCAGCCUGGGCUUCCAGGGAGAGCUGGAUCACCAGCUAGAGAGAAAGGACUGCCGGGAGACGCAGGUUUUCCAGGAACGUUUGGUCCUCCUGGGCUAUUGGGACAAAAGGGAUCUCGUGGCAUCUCGGGGUUUCCUGGAAUGCCUGGGGGAAGUGGUGCUGAAGGUAUUCCAGGCUCCCCUGGUGCCCCAGGAAUUACCGGAUUGCGUGGUCCAAAAGGUGACCGUGGGGAAUCCCGAGGAAUCCCAGGUGGUGUGGGACCUAAGGGCCAACGAGGCGACCGAGGGUUUUCAGGUAUACCGGGUGUCCAAGGAACGAAAGGUGACCCAGGAUAUCCAGGAGGUCUCGGGCUAAAUGGACAGAAGGGUGCACCAGGUAACCCUGGACAAGAUGGACCACGAGGCUUCCCUGGAUCUGGUGCUUCAAGGGGCAACCCAGGUUUUCCAGGUAAUCCUGGGCAACGUGGAGCUCCAGGAUUUCCUGGAGCUCCUGGCACGGCAGGACCAAAAGGAUUCCCAGGAUUCCCAGGACUGACCGGCUUAAAUGGCUUACCGGGCACCAAAGGGUCUCCUGGAAAACAAGGCCUGAGUGAAAGUGGACUACCUGGAUCGGCAGGAAUUCCAGGUGUCAAAGGUCAACGAGGUGACCCAGGUUUCCAGGGUGGAGCUCCUGGCCUUCGUGGACCAAAAGGACCUGCAGGAGAAAUGGGUCUUCCUGGAAGCCCAGGUUUCACUGGUGUGCGAGGCCCCCCUGGCAUCUCUGUGCCUUCAAGAGUUCCUGGGAAGCCUGGUGAUGCGGGACGUCCUGGAGAAGAUGGGCUGCCAGGCUUCCAAGGACCUCUUGGGCCACCAGGGCCACCGGGCCCAGCCUUCAAUCAAGGUGAUCGAGGUAAUCCAGGCCCCCCCGGUCCUUCGGGCUUUCCAGGCCUCAAAGGCAAUGCAGGCAUCCCCGGACUUAAUGGAUUCCCUGGUGCAUCAGGUUUCAAAGGACUCAGAGGGGACCCAGGUUUCAUGGGAAUGCCUGGGAAAGAUGGACCGCUGGGUGAUCCAGGUUUCCCUGGGCCAAAAGGCAAAGCAGGCCUUCCAGGUUUUCCUGGGCUGCAAGGAGCUCCAGGCCUAACCCAACCACCAAAAGAAGUCAGAGUUCCUCCUGGCUUACCCGGAUUACCUGGAAAUAAUGGCAACCCUGGUUUAAAUGGAGACCCUGGCUUCCAAGGGCAAACUGGACCACAAGGUCCAAAAGGAAAAGCAGGCAUACCUGGCCAGGUGGGAUAUAAUGGCUUACCAGGUCCUUCUGGUGUGGUAGGAGACCCAGGUUCUGCAGGAACUCCAGGGCUACCAGGAUUUGAAGGACGUCCUGGGAAUCCAGGUCUGGCUGGGCUGCCUGGGAUGCCAGGUCGCAGUGUUGGGGUUGGCUAUACCUUGGUGAAACAUAGCCAGUCGGACCAGAUCCCACCCUGCCCAGUGGGCAUGAACAAACUCUGGGAAGGCUACAGUUUGCUGUAUGUGGAGGGCCAGGAGAAGUCCCACAAUCAAGAUCUGGGUUUUGCUGGCUCCUGCCUGCCUCGCUUCAGCACCAUGCCUUUUAUUUAUUGCAACAUCGACGAAGUGUGCUACUACGCCAGCCGCAAUGAUAAAUCCUAUUGGCUUUCCACCACCGCUCCAAUACCCAUGAUGCCUGUCAGCAGCUACCAAAUCGCCCAGUACAUCAGUCGCUGCUCAGUGUGCGAAGCACCAUCCCAAGCUGUGGCUGUCCACAGCCAGGACAUCACCAUCCCGCAAUGUCCCGAAGGCUGGCGAAGUCUCUGGAUUGGCUACUCCUUCCUCAUGCAUACGGCUACUGAAGGCGGUGGCCAGUCCCUGGUCUCUCCCGGAUCCUGCCUAGAGGACUUCCGUGCCACGCCUUUCAUUGAGUGCAACGGUGCCCGAGGAACGUGCCAUUACUUUUCCAACAAGUACAGCUUUUGGCUGACCACGGUGGAGGCAACCCAACAGUUUGCUGUCUCUCCCAUCUCCGAAACGCUGAAAGCGGGCCAGCUCCGGACACGGGUGGGACGGUGCCAAGUCUGCAUGAAAAAUUUGUAGCAAAGGCCUGGAUGUGAGACCUUAUUCCUCUAAGACCAAGAAAUUAGCAUUUGUGUCCCAGCUGGGCAAUUGACAUCUUCCCAAAUCUCCCCAGAGCCCUCUUGUCUCCAUCAAAAUAUGGUGCUAUCUUUCCCACUUGUUUUUAUCUUCCUGGCUACCUCAAAGUCCUUUUCUGCCUUCCCAACUACCACAUUCUCUUGGCUUUGAUGAACUAAACUGAUUUUCACAAAAUACACAGAUCUUGAGCAAAGAUUUCUUCUUGAGAUUAUGAUCGUAAGGUCGUUCCGUGUUAAGGAUUUAAGACAUGUCAGGACUUUCACAAAUGUUUUUGCCUGCAUGCACACACUCCUCUUCUAAUCAUGUUCCUCAUUCAUAUUCAUCUUAAAUUAGCUGCUUAUUUAACAUAGUUAACUGUCUAAAAGUGUAUCUGUUCUAUGAUCGGUGAUAUGAUCAGAUUUGAAGGUUCAGGUUUGUGAAAUAGUUAACUACAUUGAUCAAAGCCUGCCUGGCAAUCUAUUAAACAGUGAAGUGACAAUAAAAUAAACAAAA